AUGUGUGGAAAAAAAUUGUUUCACAGACUUUUGGGGUCAGCAAGUGAAAAUAUCUUUGCUGCAAUAAUGGCAGCUCGUUACCAAGCCAUUAAACUGUGUUUGGAAGAUAAAGAAAAUUAUAAUUUCAGUGAUGAAUGGGACGUACUGAAAAAUCUAGUUUCCUACACAUCGAAGGCAGCUCAUUCAUCUAUAGAAAAAGGAGCAAAAAUGGCUUGUUUAAGACUGCGUAUUCUGGAUGUUGAUGAAAAAUGUUCCUUGCGGGGUGAUACAUUACAGCAGGCAAUAGAAAAAGAUCUGCAGCUUGGGCUUAUUCCGUGCUGUGUGGUAGCAACACUAGGUUCAACAGGAGAAGCAGCAUUUGAUAACUUGAAGGAAAUUGCUAUGGUCUGCAGAAAAUAUCCUCUGAUAUGGUUGCAUGUUGAUGCUGCUUAUGGAGGCAGUUCAUUUGUUUGUAGAGAAUUCAGAUACUUGCUAAGUGGAAUUGAAGAUGCUCAUUCAAUUAAUGUUAAUCCAAAUAAAUGGUUUCUUGUGAAUUUUGAUUGUAACUGUAUAUGGUUAAAAGACUAUCAACAAUUUAUUGAAGCACUUUCUGUGAAUCCCCUUUACUUGGAACAUGAAUGGAUGGAUGAAACUGUUAAUUUCCAUGACUGGGGAACACCUCUCUCCCGUAGAUUCCGUGUACUGAAAUUGUGGUUUGUAAUGCGAACCUAUGGAAUAAAAGGCUUGCAGCACUACAUUAGAAGGCAUUGCCAUUUAGCAUCAUUGUUUGAAUCACUUGUCAGAAAAGACAGCCGAUUUGAAGUAAUGAAUGAUGUAAAGUUCAUUCAUAUCUCAGCAAGAAAUUUUCUAGCACCAUUAAGUGUUAUGAUGAUAAAUGAUGACUUUCCUAUUCAUAAUAAAUUAAAUUUUGCUACUGAUUCUGGUUUUAGCUUGUUUCUUUCAUUCGUAUUUUGCUAUGAACUGUGCAAAUGUCUUACAAUAGUUCUGAGCCAAGAUAUUAGUAUGAGAAAUCAACUACUGGUGGAAGUGGCUAAAAGUGUACCUUUCAUCAGUAUUUCAGGAAAAGCUUGA